AUGGAACACUUCAAGCAACUUGCCCUCAUCAUUGCUAUAAUGGCUUUUCUCUACAUUGAUCAUGAUGCAAUGGCCUACACAGAGCAUGAGGAGUUUAGCUAUACGGUGGGGGCCUGGAAUGGUCCGGAUCAUUGGGGAGAUAUCCGUAAGGACUGGGAGACAUGUAAAAUUGGGCACUCACAAUCACCAGUAUCAAUAUAUGAUGAAAAGACCGAGUUUGUAUAUCAACCGGAGGAUCUUAAAUGGAUUUAUCAUCCUGAAAAAGCUGUGAUGAAGAAUCUUGGUCACAACAUCAUGAUCCAAUGCGAAGAUGUAGUGGGUGGUGUAUGGAUCAAUAAAACAGAAUAUCCAUUGAAGCAAGUGCACUUUCACACGCCUUCAGAGAACACACUUAAUGGAAAAAAAUUUGAUUUAGAGGUUCAUUUGCUUCACCAACGUACUACUGACCAACCAAUGGCUAUGGUAAGCCUCUUAUAUGAAGUUGGUGCUCCAGAUCCAUUUUUUACCAAGGUUGAAAAGCAUAUUCGUGCAAUAAGUAAGAAAAUUGAUGCAACGGCGGACAUUGGAAACAUUGAUCCUAUGGAGGUAAUUAGAAAGUUCGGAAAACACUACUAUAGAUUGAAGGGAUCUAUCACUAUUCCACCUUGCACUGAAGGUGUCACAUGGACUAUCAAUAAAAAGAUCAGAACUAUAUCUCUAGAGCAGCUAAAUUUGUUAAAGGGUGCUGCUAUACAUGGUUAUGCAAAGAAUGCAAGGCCUGUGCAACCGCUUAAUGAUAGGGUGGUUCAACUAUUUGUUUGA